AUGAAAAUGUAAACAAUUCGGACUAUUGAUUUUAGCAAGGCAAAUAAAUAGAUAAAGGAUUUAUCCAAUAGAUUUCUGUAGAGCAAAAUGCUGAGGAAGAACAAAGAGAAUUGCAAUCCAAAUACUGGGUCUUAAGAGAGUGCAGCUAGAUUACUUUUAGAGGCCUUGCAAAAACCUAUCUUAAGAAAUCUGAGAGAUUUAAUUAGGAUUAAGGAAUCAAUGGUUUGUGAGAGAAAUAUUUUCGAUGAAGUGUGUUCGAUGGGUUAUAGUGAGAAUUCAGAUGUGGGAGAAGGGUUCAAGAUUUCUUUUGCCAACCUCAGUAUCAAGUAGGAGAGUAUUGUAGAUUGUGAGAGCAUUUAACCAACCAAUGCUCCGAUUCUAUUGUUUAUGGUGUUAUAAAACAUCCGAAAGAAGAAGAUGAUUAUUUCAUUUCAAGAAAUCAAAUAUUUUAUUCUUUAAAGGANCAAGUUGCUUUCAUAGUACAAUCUAAAAUAAUAAUAGUUUUAUUUCGGUUUGCAUAAGGAACAGACUUUAAUUAUGAUUGGAUUAUAGUCUUCAAUUUAAAGUAUUUGA